AUGGCGUCCAGGAGAUUGUCCAAGUAUUCUUUUUCGAAGCCCUCUCUCCUCCUCCAUUCUCGUGCUAUCUCUGGCUCCUCUGCUCACUUCAGCUCGCGUUCCUCUCCCAAGUCGUUUCCUUUCCGGCCAAGUACCUUCACCGGAGUUUCGGGAAACGGCCUAACUUCGGUCACUCGAGCUGCUACUUAUGACCAGCUGUUACCUUCUUCUCGCUGCUUCUCAGAUACCGCAUAUCAGGAUGCAAAUAUGAAGUUUACAAGGAUGGUUGGGGAAGUAUGGUUCAAAACCAUACAAGCAGCUCGUGUGUCGAAGCAACAAACUGUCGAAUCAGAAGACUUGAUGAAAGCUCUGUUGGAGCAAAAAGACGGCCUUGCCAGUCAAAUAUUUGCAAAAGCUGGAAUCAGCAACAGCUCUCUUCUGCAAGCUACGAACGACUUCAUAUCUUCACAAGCAAAGGAUAUAGGUGAUGACAGCGGUCAGAUAUCUACGUUUACAAAAUGGUUUUGUGCACAACCACAACCUAAGGUUAGUAUUGGGUCAUCUAUCGAAACUGUAUUUAUGCACGCAGCUUGGUAUAAGGAAGAGCUUGAAGAUGAUCAUGUGUCAGUGGAACACCUUCUGUUGGCCUUUUAUUCGGAUGAAAGGUUUGGACAAGAUUUUUUAAAGACGCUGAAACUUGAUGAGAAAGCCCUCAAGGAUGCUAUUAUAGCUGUUUGUGGUAGUCAACAAGCGACUGAUCAAACAUGUGAAGCUACAAAUGUAGAGCCUACAGUAACAUAUACAGCACUUGGAAAGUAUGGAAAUGAUUUAACCGAGAUGGCUAGACAAGGACAACUCGAUCCUGUCAUUGGACGGGAUGAUGAAAUUCGGCGUUGCAUCCAGAUACUAUGCAGGAAGACAAAAAGCAAUCCUGUUAUCGUUGGUGAACCUGGUGUAGGGAAAACUGCAAUUGCAGAAGGGUAA